AUGUCUCUUGUCAACUUAGCGCAUGUGUGUUCGCAUCUACAGAACGCGUCCCUCGGCCGUCUCGGUCUCACAUCGAUCCCGUACACAAAAUGGCAUCUGUCGCUUGCGCUGCUGCUCCAGAAGCAGGGCUUUCUCUCACAGGUGAAACUUGGCGGCCCAUCACCUCCGGCAUCCUGUUUUGGUCAAGGACCACGAGAUGACCAUCAAGUCACCAACUUUCCGCACGAAAGUGCAGGACGGGAUCCUCUGAGUCCAGAGUCUGCUCUCGCGAAAAUGAUACGGGAAGGAUGGAGCAGACAUGCAUUGAAAGCGGGAGGGUUUGGUGAGGAGGCAAUUGCAUUCGCCGAAGAGCAUGGAAGGAAGAGCUUGACGGAACUGGUCGCGAAAGGCUGGCGGCAGCAAGUUGCGCGCUGGCUUGAAGAUACCAGAGUCUACACGGAAGACAUUGCAGAGAAGUACGAGUCCGACUUUCAGCAAAACCGAAGGCUUUGCGAGAGUCCCGAGGAGGCAGCGGCUUUGGAAGCAGAAUUCGGCGCAAUGGCGGUGGAAAGACGAGAGCGUGUUCUGGAGCAAUUCAAGGCAAAUCUACCUGUCGGCCAAGCAGUGACGUUUGAUAAGUAUGUGGACGUUCCAACCGACCAGCUAGAGCAAACAGCGUUCGAGCUUGAGGAUAUCGAAGCGAUAGCUGGGAAGGAGGCAUACAUCACCGAGCAGGAUAUCCGUCGAAACGGGCUCACCAUUGAAGCGAUGGGCCUGCAAAUACCCAAUCAAGCCGUCACCCUACCCAUGGCAGACCGAAGGGGCAGAACGGCUGCAGAAAAUCAGGAUCCGGGUAUGAUGGAGACGGAAGGCGUGUUGACGCAGCAGAAUCGUGCAUCGCGGAGGUUAUGGCUCGGUAUGAAGUACUACGACAGCAAGCCGGUACUCAGCCGCGCCAGCAUGAUCAGCAAACCAACCAAGCGAAUAUGGCUCAACAACAGCGACAUUGGCAAUCUGGUACGAGGUCGACGUGCUGGCGAAGUCAAGCCCAUGACCCAGAUUGGAGAGAUUUUGGCCGUGAGCACCGACAGGGGUAUCAUGGAGGCGCGCGAAUGCGCGGAAAGAAGGAUAGGUGGCAUGGUCCUGUGUCGGGUCUGGUAA